UUCAGACUCACUGACAGUCACAGCUGAAAAAUGCCUGAAGCUGAUGUGCUGUACUCUGAUGUUAAGUUCACAAGACCAAAUACAAAUGCCAGAGGCACAAAUCCCUCAUCGGAGGAAACCACAUACUCUGAAGUCAGGAUCCUGAAGACUCAGCCAUCCAAAGAGCUUCCUGGCACAAAUGCCUCAUCGGAGGAAACCACACACUCUGAAGUCAGGAUCCUGAAGACUCAGCCAUCCAAAGAGCUUCCUGCAGGGUCUCAGCAACAAGGAGGGUCAAAGGUCAAGUUAGAGAGAGUGGCCUUGGUAGUUCUCAGUGCUCUCCUGGCUGCUGCUGUCAUCGCUCUUGGUGUUACCUCUUAUAAAAACAGUCAAACCAUGGAACAUCUCCAAAAGCUGACAGCUGAGCAUGAAGCUUUGAAAAACAAUCUCACAGAGAGGUGCUCUGAAGUAAAACCAUGCGACACAGUGCAGCAAACGAGCCCACAGCCUCCUGCAAUAAAUGAGUCAUGUCCAAUAUGUGAGGAAGGCUGGGAGCAACAUGGAGGAAAGUGCUAUUAUUUCUCCACCAAUAGAUCAUCCUGGAAUAACAGCAGAGAUGAAUGUCGACAACAAGGAGGAGACCUGGUUAAGAUAGACAGCAGAGAGGAGCAGACAUUCCUGGAGCUGAAACUGAGAGACAAAAUGAACGAACGUGAGGACAAGUUCUGGAUCGGACUGACAGACUCAAAGGAAGAGGGCACAUGGUUGUGGGCAGAUGGCUCUCCACUGAACACAAGUUUGUCCUUUUGGAGCAGCAUUGAGCCAGACAACUGGACAUAUGAAGAUCCUGAUGGAGAAGACUGUGCGAGGAUGGGGGAGAAAUCAGGAGCUCAUGACCUGAAGUGUUGGUUUGAUAAAUCCUGCAAAAAGCCUCACAGAAGUAUUUGUGAGAAAACAGCAAAAAAUGGAAACUGGCGUCUGAAAUGUUCUGUUUAAGUUAAGUUUAAGUCUGACUCAGCCUGUUAAACAAUCUCAGUGCAGGAUACAGAAUGUGGAGAAAUGUUAUUUUUAUACAGCUAAUGUGUAAAAAAUGAAAAUGUAUGAAUGUGCUCACCAAUUAAGGAAAAGAUCCAGAAAGAAGAUUCAUGUACCAGAUGGUGGAGGAAAAAUUCAGUUAUUAGGCAGUAAUACCACACUGUAAAAAUACUGUCACAAGUAAAAGUCCUGUAUCAAAAAUAUUACUUGGAACUUAUAAUUACUGAAAAUAUGUAAAUUUAAUCAGUAAAAUGUAGUAAAAGUAGGAAAAUGUCCCCUCUAUCACUGUUGUAGGAUUGUACAACUAAUGAUUAUUUUCAUUAUGGAGUAAUCUGCUGUUUAUUUUCUCAAUUGAUUAAUGGAUUGUCUGGUUUGUAAAAAAAAAUAUGGUAACAGUGAGGAAUGCCGUCACAAUUAACCAGAGCCCAAAGUGACAAACUUCACAAUGCCAAUUAAUUUUCUUUCUAUCAACAAAUCAAUUAAUUAACUUUUCCACUAGUUUAGUUUCUAACAAAACAUCAUAUUUUAUAAUCGCUUCUGAAGUUGUGCAAAAAUCUUACUUUGUAAAGUGGCUAACUAAAGCUGUCAGAUAAAUGCAGUGAAAUAAAAAGACUCAAUAAAGUUCAAGUCAAGUACUAGUAUUUGUAACACUGUACCACUGCAGACAACAGACAGUAAGAAGAAACAAUAAUUGUACAGAUUUAACCAUCUUUUUACUUAUCUUCUUAAUUUGUGCUACAACCACAUGGGUUACUGUUAAAAAUGUAUUAAAGUA